CCGAAUAGAAAAUGGACCAAUGAAAUAACUGUCACGUGACUGUCGGUUGUAAGUCGAGUUGAUUUCACAUAACCGCGUGUUUGUGCUACGCCGAACGAAGUUGAAAACAAGAAGCUAUGGCAAACGUAUCCGUGGAUAAAGAAACAUUUUUUCGGCGUAUGAAGCGGCUUUACACCGCAUGGAAGGAUGGAGAAGUUGGUUCAGAUGACAGUUUUAGUAAAAUGGAUUGUCUCGUCUCUGCCGUGGGUACAGACGAGGAUAUCGUGUACAGCAAAUCAACAGCGUUGCAAACAUGGCUCCUGAGUUAUGAACUUACAGAUACUAUAAUGAUUUUAGCAACAGAGUCUAUCUGCUUCUUGGCUAGUAAGAAGAAGAUUGAAUUUCUGAGGAAACUUGAGAACCAGAAAUCAGAUGAAACUGGUGUGCCUGCGGUGAAAUUACUUGUUAGAGACAGAAAUGAUGAAGAUAAAGCCAAUUUCGGCAAACUUAUUGAAAUCAUAAAGCAGAGUAAAAAGGGUAAAACAUUAGGCGUUUUCUCAAAAGAAAAUUACCCAGGUGCUUUUAUGGAUGCAUGGCGGGCUACUUUGAAGACAGAAUCUUUUGAUACGGUCGAUGUCAGUGCUGCUGCAGCAUAUGUUAUGUGUCCAAAAGAGGAUACCGAGAUUCAUACCAUAAAGAAAGCAUGUUUAGUAUCUGUGGAUGUCUUUACAAAGUAUCUAAAAGAUCAGAUCAUGGAAAUCAUCGAUUCCGACAAGAAAGUGAAACAUUCAAAAUUAGCAGAGGGUGUAGAUGCGGCUAUAACAAAUAAAAAGUAUGUAACUGGUGUCGAUGUUACCCAAGUAGAUAUGUGUUAUCCGGCCAUAAUACAAAGUGGUGGGAACUAUUCUCUAAAGUUCAGUGUCGUUAGCGACAAAAAUACGUUGCACUUCGGUGUCAUUGUCUGUUCUCUCGGAGCACGUUACAAGUCUUACUGUUCCAAUAUUGUUCGAACAUUAUUGGUAAAUCCCACUAAAAGCAUUGAGGAUAGCUACAAUUUCCUUCUGCAACUGGAAGAAGAAAUUUUUAAAAAGUUAGUAGCCGGAGUGAAAAUAAGUGAAGUUUACGAAGCCGGUGUUAAAUACGUAAAAGACGAGAAGCCGGAUAUGUUGGAUCAUUUAACAAAGAAUUUCGGCUUUGCAAUGGGCAUCGAAUUCAGAGAGAGCUCUUUACUUAUUGGUCCAAAAACUCACGCGGUAGUGAAAAAAGGCAUGGUAUUUAACGUCAACGUCGGAUUAGCGAAUCUCACAAAUCCAGAAGCCACCGAUAAAGAAGGAAAGGUUUAUGCUCUUUUCAUCGGUGAUACUGUUAUGGUUAAUGAGGGACAACCGGCUACAAAUUUCACACCAUCUAAGAAGAAGGUAAAAAAUAUUGGAAUAUUUGUUAAAGAUGAGGAAGACGACGAAGAAGAAGGAAGUGGGAAGGAGAAUGAACCUAAGCCUGAGAUCCUUGGACGUGGAAAGAGAACAGCUGUAAUAGAAUCGAAAUUAAGAACAGAGCACAGCUCGGAGGAGAAAAGAAAGCAACAUCAAAAGGAAUUAGCUCAACAGUUGAAUGAAGUUGCGAAGGCUCGUUUGGCACAGCAAUCUGGUGGGAAGGAACAGGAGAAGAUACGAAAAUCUACAGUAUCGUACAAAAGUUUGAGUCACAUGCCACGAGAACCGGAAGUAAAAGAAUUGAAAUUAUACGUUGAUAAGAAGUACGAAACUGUAAUUCUGCCCAUUUUUGGAAUUCCUGUACCGUUCCACAUAUCCACGAUUAAAAAUAUUUCACAGUCGGUAGAAGGAGAUUAUACUUAUCUCCGAAUAAAUUUCUUCCAUCCCGGUGCAACAAUGGGUCGAAACGAAGGUGGAUCUUAUCCACAACCUGAUGCUACAUUCGUUAAAGAAGUAACAUAUCGGAGUACAAACACCAAGGAGCCCGGUGAAAUUUCAGCACCUUCUUCUAAUUUAAACACAGCCUUCCGACUGAUCAAAGAGGUGCAGAAGAAGUUCAAAAACAGAGAAGCCGAAGAGAGGGAGAAAGAAGAUCUGGUCAAACAAGACACUUUAAUACUGUCUCAAAAUAAGGGUAAUCCGAAACUAAAAGACUUAUACAUUCGACCAAACAUUGUUUCAAAGAGAAUGACAGGAGGAUUAGAGGCACAUGUAAAUGGAUUUCGCUACACUUCGGUUAGAGGAGACAAAGUUGAUAUUCUUUAUAAUAACAUUAAGAAUGCCUUUUUCCAACCAUGCGAUGGUGAAAUGAUAAUACUGCUUCAUUUUCAUUUAAAACAUGCAAUUAUGUUUGGUAAAAAGAAACACGUAGAUGUACAAUUUUAUACGGAGGUUGGUGAAAUCACAACAGAUUUAGGGAAACAUCAACACAUGCAUGAUCGGGACGAUCUCGCUGCUGAACAAUCGGAACGAGAGCUUAGGCACAAGUUAAAAACUGCAUUUAAAAGUUUUUGUGAAAAGGUUGAAAGUAUGACCAAACAAGAAAUAGAAUUCGACACGCCUUUCCGAGAAUUAGGAUUCCCUGGCGCGCCAUUUAGGAGUACUGUUCUUUUGCAACCGACCAGUGGUUGUUUGGUAAAUCUCACAGAAUGGCCUCCGUUUGUUAUCACUUUGGAAGAUGUUGAACUAGUUCAUUUUGAAAGAGUACAAUUCCACCUGAAAAACUUUGAUAUGAUUUUUGUCUUCAAAGAUUAUCAUAGAAAAGUUGCGAUUUUAAAUGCCAUUCCUAUGAACAUGCUGGAUCAUGUAAAGGAGUGGUUGAAUUCAUGCGACAUCAGAUAUUCGGAAGGUGUACAAUCUCUGAACUGGACGAAAAUUAUGAAAACGAUCACAGACGAUCCCGAAGGUUUCUUCGACAAUGGUGGUUGGAGUUUCUUGGAUCCAGAAAGCGAUGCAGAGAACGAGGAUGUAGAAGAUGAGGAGGAGGAGGAAGACGAUGCAUAUGAGCCAUCUGAUUUUGACACUGAAGAAGAAUCUGAUGAUGAUUCUGAAUACUCUGAAGCAUCAGAGAACUCUGACAGCGAAGAAGAGGAAUUGGGCAGCUCCGAAGAAUCUGGUAAAGACUGGUCAGAUCUGGAACGAGAAGCAGCCGAAGAAGACAAAGAAAGAGGAGACGACCGAUUCCACGAUGAUUACAAUUCAAGCAAAAAGAAGAAAGGAAGGAAUUCACCUUCACCAUCGAAAGACAGGCACAACUCAAAACACAAGAGUUCUUCCAGUUCGAGAAGCAAGAGUUCGUCGAGCAGUAAAGAUAAGAAGUCGUCAUCCGACAAGCACAGAUCGGAUCGAUCGCGGAGUGGGGGAUCACACAAGAAAGUGUCUCCUUCCAAAUCGUCCAGACACAGCCCCAAGAAAAGUGACAAGCACGACAAGCAUGACAGACACAAGUCCAGCCAUUCUUCGUCUAAUGCUAAAAAGCGAUCUCGCGAGGACAGUUCAGACAGAAACGACAGGGGAUCAAAGAAGUCCAAGAAGUAAAGACGAUUUAAAAGUUGGAGGUGAAGCACAUGUGAAAACACAAAAACCGAAUGUUGACCCUACAGUAAGCUUUCUUAAUUACGGU